AUGAUAUCCAGGGACGGCGUGUGCCUCUUGCUGGUGGCGCUGACGCUCGCGGCGGAGGCCCAGCUCCUCAGCCCUUCUCGCGCGGCCUCCCGGAGCCCCGGCGACGUGCGGCGGCUCCUCGGGGUAGGCCGGCAGGUGCGCGCCCUCGGCCGGAGCGCCGACGAGGACGCGCGCCGCAGUGUGCUCUUGACGGAUCCCCGGCCGCUGGUGCUGGCGCAGGUGAUCCGCGAGAUGGGCGGCGGGGAGAGAGGUCUCUGCCACGUCCUCAUCUACUACGACCCGCAGACGGCUCCGCCUGAUUCCGUCGACGCCCUCAGGAAAGCCGUCGAUGUGCCCUUGACACUCGUGGACGUGUCCAAGCUCAGGUUUCCGCUCAUCACCAAGACCCGGCGUCGGGUGCCUCUGCUGGACCUGCUGUCUGCUCGCGCCGACGGCCGCUGCCGCCUGCUGGUGGGCUGGGCGUCCGCCAACUACCAGCGCGGCCUCCUGCUGAUCGCGCGCGCCGAGCCGGGCGUCCUAGGGCUCCGGGACACCCUCAUCCUGCCAGUGACCAGCCAGCGCCUCGACCGCUUCAUGCCGCAGCUGCGGCAGCGAGUGCUGGUGAAGGAGCGGCGCUCGCGCGGCGGCCGCGGGCGGCGGGACCUCCAGCCGACCAGGUUCCUGGUGGAGAAGGCGUGCGAGAUCUGCGCGCAGUACUCGCUACAGCGGCUGGGCGAGUGGCACUUCCCCGGCGGCUGGGAGUGGGGCGGCGUGGCGGAGCGCAGCCCGAAGCUGACGGGCGUGGAGCUGACCGUCGCCUACACGCCCUCGGUGCCCAACAUCUUCUGGGUCUCGGGCGAGGGGCGGCCGCGCCUCGAGGGCGUCGAGCUGCGCCUCCUCGACUACGCUGCGCAGGCGCUCAACUUUACGUACCGCCUGGUGGUGCCGGAGGACGGCGAGUGGGGGCGGCCGCUCAACGGGUCGUGGACGGGCAAGGUGGGCGAGGUGGUGCGCGGGGCCGCCGACCUGGCCGUGGGCGGCAUCGUGUACACGCCGGAGCGCGAGGCAGCGGCCAAGUACUCCAUCCUGUUCCACAACGAGCUGUGGGGCAUCGUGUGCCCCCUGUCGGCGCGGCUGCCCGUCUGGCCGUACGUCAUGUUCCCCUUCAGGGAGGACUCGGCGCCGUCCGUGUUCACGAUGCUGGUAGUGCUGCACGUGAUGGCGUACCUGGUGGGCACGCUGCUGGGCGCGCAGGCGGGCGCGGCGCCCAAGCACCCGCUCACUGAGUCCGUGUCUCGGGCGGUGCGCACGGGCGUGUCGCUGUACCUGCGCCUCAUGGCCUGCCUCUACUUCUGGAACCUCUUCUACUGCCUCAUGAAGCCCAAGUACGAGCCGCCGAUCGACUCCUCGCUGGCGCUGCUGCGCUCGGGCCGCCGCUGGGGCAUUGUCAGCGGCACGACCGUCACCUCCGUCCUGUCGACGGCGCAGCAGGUGGCGCACCAGGACCUGGCCGCUGACGCAGAGCCCCUCGGCUCCAUCCGCGAAGGCUUUCUGCAGCUGCGGAAGGACGCCAUCUGCCUGGUGGGCGUGCCCAAGAGGUACGCCCGCGCCACCAUCGCCAUGCGCUACACGACGGAGUGCGGCGAGGCGGGGCUGCAGGUCAGCGCCGAGGACCUGCACUCCGUCCUGGGCGGCUGGAUCCUCAGCCGCAAGUCCCCGGUCGCGCCGCACGUCAACGGCAUCAUCCGCCGCCUGGAGGGCUUCGGCCUCCUCGAGCACUGGCGCCGCCAGAUGCAGGAGCUGCUCAUCACGCGCGGCCCCAGGGACCUGCCCUGCCUCAACCCGCCCAUCGCCGCGCUCUCGCUGCCCGACCUGCGCCUGGCCUUCAUCGUCCUGCUGGUGGGCUGGGGAAUCGGCUGCCUGCUCCUCCUGGCGGAGCAGAUCUUCUUCGCCUGCAGCGGAUCUCCGCCGGUGGCUGCAGAGGCUGCUGGCGCCGCUCCCCUCGCUCAACGUGGACGACAAAGAGGCGGCUUUCCGGCGCCAUCUGGACGCCAUCUUGCGGGAGAUGUGGGGCGUGAGGCUCCCAUGAGGAAAGGCCCCAGAGGCGAGAGCCGCUUGGGCGUCGCCUCUGGGGCAUGA